UCUCCCCUCCCCUCCCCUCCCCUCCCUCCCUCACCACCACCGAUCGAUCCCUCUUCUCUUCUCCCCUUCCCUUUAAAGCUAGCUAGCUAGCGAGCGACCUACUUACCUGCCUCACCUCACCGGCGGCGACCCAUCCGCCGUCCGCCUGUCACUAGCUGCCGCUGCAUCGAUCAGGCCAGCAAGCUAGCGGAUCGAUCGGAGGGGAGACGAGCGACGACGAAGGAGAAGAAGAAGAAGAAGAAGAAGAAGGAAGGGAUCGAGCAAGAUGGGGCGCGGCAAGGUGCAGCUGAAGCGGAUAGAGAACAAGAUAAACCGGCAGGUGACCUUCUCCAAGCGCCGCAACGGCCUCCUCAAGAAGGCGCACGAGAUCUCCGUCCUCUGCGACGCCGAGGUUGGCGUCAUCGUCUUCUCCCCAAAGGGGAAGCUCUACGAGUACGCCACCGACGAGAGCAUGGACAAAAUUCUGGAACGUUACGAGCGCUAUUCCUAUGCUGAAAAGGCUCUAAUUUCAGCUGAAUCUGAGAGUGAGGGCAAUUGGUGCCACGAAUACAGGAAACUGAAGGCCAAAAUUGAGACCAUACAAAAAUGCCACAAGCACCUAAUGGGAGAGGAUCUAGAGUCUCUGAAUCUCAAAGAACUCCAACAACUAGAGCAGCAGCUGGAGAGCUCACUGAAGCACAUCAGAUCAAGAAAGAGCCACCUUAUGGUCGAGUCCAUUUCUGAGCUACAAAAGAAGGAGAGAUCACUGCAGGAGGAGAACAAGGCUCUACAGAAGGAACUUGCGGAGAGGCAGAAGGCGGCUGCCAGCAGGCAGCGGCAGCAGGUGCAGCAGUGGGACCAGCACACCCAGACAAGCUCAUCAUCUUCCUCCUUCCUGAUGAGGCAGGAUCAGCAGCCACUGCAGCCUCCACAAAACAUCUGCUACCCACCGGUGACGAUGGGAGAGAGAGGCGAAGAGGCGGCGGCAGCGGCGCCGCAGCAGCCAGGGCAGGUGCAACCGCAACUUCGCAUCGGGGGCCUUCCGCCAUGGAUGAUCAGCCACCUCAAUGCUUGAGCGGGCGACAAGCACGUCGAACUCGACCGCUACUACACCAUGAUUACUUGCCGUGCCUAUCUAUCCAGCGAUUGCGAGCAACUGCGCCUGCAAAGUGGUUGCUCACCGUUGAUUGAGUCCUAGCAUAAGCUCAUUGCAGCGAUGAAGCUAAACUAUUGUUAUGUUUGCAACAAGAAGGGUGAGCACUGUAUAAUCUUGUCCAGCAUGCAUGUGUGUACCAACUGAUGCAUGCCCCCUAUAUAUAUGCCUAUGUUAUUGGCCAAGUUAGCCAUGAAUCUAGUGCUUUUGUUGAAAGCAAGGGUGCAGAUCAAAAGACAUGGUUUGUGUAAAUAGUAUUAAUUAGGAUAUGAUCCCUACUGCUACUACCUCUGCCAGUGAGUGAGUUGAUGGGAGAAUGAAUAAAAGUCGCCCCUGUGCUGCUGAUGCAUGAUA